GCAUGCUGGUAGAGCUUUUGAAGAGAAAUGAAACUGAGAAUAGGAAAGGAUGACCAAAGACGGGACGCUCCCAGUCUGUGGAAAGAGAGAGAGAGAGACAGAAGUCUGAGAGAGAAGGAGCAUCUCGAUAGCUGAAAGAAGAUAUCUGUUCAUUCCAAACACAUUUUCUACCAUCUACUGGACGGCAAGAUGGCGUUAGUCUCAAGCCCUGGAAGAAAAAACAGCCAUGUCUUCAAUAUGACCUCUCCUAGAGCAUUACCCAGUGACCCCAUUGAGAAGAAUCUGACAUGCUCAAUCUGCAUGGAUGUUUUUGUGGAUCCUGUCACUACAGAUUGUGGCCAUUCCUUCUGUAAUAAAUGUCUGAAUAUCCACUUUAGUUACAAUGAUAAGAUGUGCCCUCUAUGCAAGAAGUACCUGAACAAAGCUCCAGGUGUGAACAUCGUCCUGAGAAACAUUGUCCAACAGUUUAAAAAGACCCCAGAGAAAAAUGAUGAUGAGUUCACUGGGGCACCUCGUGAGGUCGCCUGCGACAUUUGCACGGAACCAAAGCUAAAGGCCAAGAAAUCCUGCCUUGUGUGUCUUGCCUCGUACUGUUCGACUCACCUGAAAAAUCAUUUAUCAAGUGAAAGGCUGAAGGGUCACAAGUUGGUUGAACCUGUGGACGACCUCGAUGAGAGGGCCUGUCUGACUCAUGGCCGCCCCCUGGAGCUGUACAGCAAAAGGCAGCAGAAAUGCAUUUGUGUACGCUGUAUGAAGGAAGGUCAGGAGGAGGUUGUCUCCACUGAAGAUGAAUGGGACAGGAAGAAGACUAUACUCGCAAGCACUAAGACAGCAUUACAACAGAAAAUUAAGAAGAGAAUGACGAAGAUCGAGGAGAUUGAUAUGUCUCGACAGAGCUGCAAGGGACACCUGGAGGAUGAGUGGUGGGAAAUUGACAGUGUGUUCACAGCUGUGCUUGCCAUGGUGGAGGAAGCCCAUGCAACAGCUCUUCAGCCACUGAAGGAAAGGAUGCUGGUUUUGGAGCAAGAGGCAAAAGAACUCACAAACGAGUUGGAAACAGAGGUCAACAGACUCGAGAGGGCGAUCUCUGAGCUUGAUGAUAUAUCUGUGCUCGAGGAUCACAUCCUUUUUCUGCAGAGAUACCCAUCUCUACAAGAUAUGGACGACAUCAAAGACUGGACCAAUGUAGAGCUUGACACAACACUGUCUUUUGGCACCAUGAGAAAAACCACAAUAACCAUGAUGGAAAAAAUUCAAGAGAAACUGGAGAAGCUGUCCUCAAUUGAACUUAUGAGACUUCCAAAGUUUACAGUGGACGUAAAGCUUGACCCAGCCACCGCUCACAAGCGUCUUGUUGUUUCUGAUGAUGGGAAGGAAGUGAAAGACGCUGGCGAGGACCAAAUAGUAGAUGAUGCUCCAGAGAGGUUUGAUCGGUUUGGCAGUGUCCUGGGUCUCAACAGGUUGGCCUCUGGGAAGUCCUACUGGGAGGUGGAGGUCAUCAACAAGACCGGUUGGGAUGUUGGCGUAGCAAGAGGUGACGCAAACCGUAGGGGGAAACUCUCAAUCAAUCCAGAUAAUGGUUACUGGGUUGCCGUACAUUAUGAAGGGGGAAAGUACGCAGCCCUGACAGAUCCACCACUUCGUCUCACCCUGGAUGAGAAGCCUCAGAAGGUGGGGGUGUUUGUGGACUCCGAGGAAGGUCUUGUGUCCUUCUAUGAUGUUACGGCUCAAUCUCACAUCUACUCCUUUGCCGAGUGUUCAUUCACUGAUGAGCUCUUCCCAUAUUUCAGUCCACAUGUAAAAGUAAAUGAUAUGAACUCUGAUCCUCUGAUUAUCUCUUAA